ACGAUCGGAAGCAGAGGGCGUGCACAUAGUUAAUGACGUAUCGAUGCCGUUCAAGGUAAAACGCGAAAAGUAAAGAAAUGGUCUCCGAUGAGAGUAAAUAACAUUUUUGUAUAGACCAACCGAGAACCCGUUCAAGCAGUCGCCGGGUGUGUGUCUCUCUCCUCUCCUCAACGAUGACUGAUCUCAACGAAUUCGGUCCCCUCGAGUCGGCGGAGACGUCGCACAAAGAGGAACUGAGGGUUCUGCACGAACGGCUUGCCUAUCUGGAACGAAGGGAGCGUGAACUGAUUCGGGAGAAAGAAGAACAAGAGAAGGAGUUUGGCUUAAAAAGAGCCAAACUGAAGGAGCUGUUUCUUCAGAAAGAAGAGGAACUGAAGCGAGAGCGUGACACAACAGCUGAGGCCCUUGGCAAGAACAACUCACUCUUGAUAGACUUGAAGAAGCUUCAAAGUGAACUUGAAGAUCUGAAGGCUGCUGCAGCCGUUUCGGAAGAGAACAAACAGGAUGAAGUUGAAGACAUUCGGCGCCAGUGCCAGGAGGAGAUUGCCAGUUUGCAGAGUAUUAUGAAAGAAGCAGCAGAUGAAGCUUCAAGGAAGACAGCAGCUCAAUAUGAGAGCGUGUGGCAGAGAAUGAUGAAAAUGAAUGAGAAAUCAGAACAAGAACUUCAAGAUCUGAAAAUGCAGUUAAAUCAAGAAAGGGAAGGCUUUUUAGCUUCUGUGGCGAAAUCCCUGAAGCGAGUUAGUGGCAGUGUUUCGAGCACCAAUGCAUCAGUUGAAGCGGAGAGUCUAGAAGACAGUAUGAGGAAGGCUAGCAACAAAAUGAAGACCCUUCUUCUGCCGUCCUCUCCUACUUUGAAAUCCAAGCCAGCACAAGCCAAUCUGAAAACCUUGCUAACAGCCUUCAGGAAAGAUGGCGACCACAAAGAACUCCAAGCCCAAGAAGAUGCCGAAAUAUUGAAAUCUGUGGUUCUUCCGUUGGAGGAAGAAAUAAAACUUCUGAAAAGCAAGGUUCAAGAAUCUGAUGAUAAAAUAAAAGAUUUAGAAAAACAGUUGUCAGAUAUCUCCGUGGAUGAAGCCAUGGCUAAAGUGUACGAUACGAAAAAAUCUCCUUCUUUGCCUGAAUUUGAUGAAAAUAUUGAUCCUGAUGAGAAGAUUCAGCAACUGAUGAAAUAUCUGAAAGCAGAGAAAUCUUCACGGACAGAUCUAGAAAUGUUUGUUGCCGUUCUUAACACACAGAAGUCCGUUCUACAGACUGAAAACGACACAUUGCGUACUGAGCUGCACGAAGUUUGUCGAAUGUUUGAAGACGAGAAACGCGUUCAUAACGAUUUGAAGCGUACCUGGCAGAUGGCUAACGACCAGUUCCUUGAGUCUCAAAGACUGAUGAUGAUGGACAUGCGCCGGAUGGAGAGUGUAUUAACAACAGAACAACAGCGGCAGAUUGUAGAACUACAACAGAAAGAUCUGGAACGAGAUGCUCAGGAACGGCGAGUCAAGGAACUCGAAGAAAUGAGAGAGAAACAACAACGAGAACAAGAACAGAGACGGAAAGAGAUUCUACAGCGACAGCAAGCCAGUCCAGUGAAGACCCCUCUUAUGAAGGCCCCCAGUGCUGAUCCUCAGUGCAAGACAUCAACAGUUUCAAGCAGCCUGAUCGACCUCACUGUACAACAGAACGACAUUGGCGCUGGUGUGAAGAAGUCCUUUUCCAGUUCCGAUGUCAGCGAUAUCCAAGGUGAAGACUUUGAUUCAUCGUCAUUACUAGAUGCUUCUUUGACUGAUACAGUUUCCAACACGAUCCGGAUCAGUCCCGAGAAGACCAUAACGCUUCCCUCGUUGACUGAGGCUCAGAGGCGUGCGAUUACAGAUCCCACCCCAGAAGCUGAAGCUCACAACUCCCUGUUGGCAAGUGUGAAGUCAAGGACUGAGGGGAUAUCACUGGAAGGGAGGAGGAUGGUCAGCGAAAAAGAGUGGGAACUUCUACAACAGGAGCUGAAAAGUGCGCGAGAGAAGCUGGGUCGACCAUGCGACAUGUGCAACAACUAUGAGGCCCAACUUCAGUCAGUGCAAGCGCAGCUGAAGGAAUCUCAAUCCAAGAUCCAACAGCUAAACCGUUAUUUGAAGAGUGAGCAACAGGCGUCGGUAAACCAGCGCAAAUACCAGGAGGAGCUGGAGAACAAUCUCAAGGAAGUGGCAGAAGAUGCACGCAAACAGAUAUCUACUGUUAUGACCAAACUUCAAGAAUCAGAGAAAUUCACAAUGGAAGUGAAGCAACAGUUAAUGCAGUCGCACCUGGAACUCCAAGACCAACUUAAAACGUUGACUGAAUCAAGGGAAGAAAUCCAGGUUGAGCUGGAUCGACUGACUCAGGAAAACGAUUCUCUUGUCGGCAAGCAUUCCAAACAUUCUCAACAAUUACAGAAUGAAGACAUCAACCUUCCUAACAAUCUUGAAGAAAUGCAGCUGUUAUUAUUGAAGUACCGAGAAGAGAUUAUUGCUGCCAAAGUGGCAAAGGAACACAUAGAAGACACCCUGAAGAGUGAGAUCCUGUUUCUCAAAGACAGGGCACUGGCUGACCAGCAAGAAAAGAACACUCUUGAAGAGACUUUGUCACAGGAAGUCAGUACUUUACAAGAACGGCUAGCAAUUUUGGAAAGCUGUAAGUCAGAACUGGAGCGGGAAUCGUCGGUGCGUGCGGAGACGGAAACAAAACUGCGAGACUCGGACCAGUCUCUGAAGAAGAUCCAGACCAAGUCAAAGCAACUAAUCAAUGCCUUAACACAACAGUUAGACGAACAAACCACGCAACGGAGUAAACUGGAGACGGAAGUGAGCACAAUGAAGGCCAAGGUGCAGUCAUUGCAAGUGGAUCUGGAGAAUAGUGAAGCUGUACAGAGAGAUUUUGUUAAACUAUCCCAGUCUUUACAGAUUCAACUGGAAAAAAUUCGGCAAGCAGAAACUGAGGUGAGAUGGCAGCAUGAAGAAGAUGUCGAUGAAUGCAACAAUUGCAGACAGGCUUUCUCUGUGACAAAGCGAAAGCAUCACUGCCGACACUGCGGGAAGAUAUUCUGCGCCGACUGCAAUGCCAAGAAUGUGAUGAGUGGUCCAAACAUGCGUUCGUCUAAAGUCUGUGAUGUGUGCCAUACAAUUCUGGUGAAAGAUGCUACCCCUUACUUCAGUACAGAACCGCCUUCGACACCCCAUUAAAAACCUUCUUGAUGGUUUCCUCUGUAAAUUUCUAUUGUGGAACUAACACUUAUCCUAGGGGUGGGGCAGUUGCUGACUGACGGACGGACAGAACAGUUUUUUCUUUUUUUUUUGGUGGCACAAACUGUUCAAGGCUCAAAAGGAAGAGAAAGAGAGAGAGAAAGAGAGAAAGAAAGAUAAUACAGAAAAAAAAAUCUCAUGUGGAGAACUGCCAGAUAUUUAUGGAUAUAAAUAAAUAAACAAAAAUAUUCAACAACAACAACAACAACAGCAGCAGAAGUGACUGAAUGUAAUUAUAUAAAAGAACAUUGGAAGAACUUUCUUUCCAAUUUAUUGUAUAAAAGUAGAUGAAAAAAAAAGACAAAAAAUAUACAAAACUAAAAUGAAAGAAAAAAAAAAACAGACUGUGACUGUUGCAGAAUUAAUAUAUAAGGAUAUUUAUUUGUAAUGAUGAUUCUGUCACCCAUUCUUUUAACUGAGCGUGUCUGUGUGUCUGUGCGUAUGUGUGUGUAUGAGUGAGUAUGUCCGUGUGUGUGUCCGUGUGUGUAUAUAUUAUUUUUCACAUUUCUUUGUAAAUCAAUGGGAUAGAAGGCUUUGACAAUAGCUUGCCAUUUAUUCCAAGGCUGGUGGAAGAGCGGUUUAUUGGGUUUUUUCCACCAUGCAAAACAUGUUUUUCAAGCUGGUUAUUGUUGUCCUCCUCCUGCCUUCAGGGUUUUCUCCUUUUUUUUUUUUUCACCUUCGUCUGAAGGUGAUCAAUUUUUCUUGAUUCUGGUGGCAGGGUCCAUCUCGACUAAAAAUUUUAAAAAUGUGAUUAUGUUUGGUUCAUUCGGAAAACCUGACCAUAACUCCCUGCAGACUUAACAGAGAUGAGAUGCUUUUUGCAGUUUUGUCCUUAAUUAGACCUUCAUAUGAGAUCUUUCAUUUUUGGUCACAGAAAAGUUAUGUAUCGUCCUAUCUGUUCUUGAGAUAGCCAAUAUGAAACAUGGUGAGUUCCUUUUGUGUUCCCUUCGGUGACUUAUCAACCAGCAUUUACAACCAUACAGCAAUAUUCAUUUAAUAUUAUUGUUGUGCUACAGUUUCAAGUAGCCCUUGUUGGAUUUCCACCUGUUAUAAUGUUCUUACGGAAGCUCGUUAGGGAUUUUCCCAACCUUGCUUUAUGAUUUUUUGGCAUGCUGUUUUAGUCUGAAAAAAAAAUCCUUCCACCUCAUUACUUCUUGUGGUUCUCCUAAAAGGCCACAA